AAGAAGCCGAGCUCUGUGAGGGCUCAACCUCCAACUUGUUUCAGUUCAUUCAUCCUUCUCUUCUCUCCGCUUCGGGGAAGUGACUGUGGCGCUUGAUCUCUCCAAGUUGGUGCCUAAGAAGAUGAUAAUCACACAAAUGAGUCAGUUCUACAUGGCUGGCCUUGGGCUUCUCUUCCUGAUUAAUAUUCUCCCUGGAACAACUGGCCAAGUGGAAUCAAGGCGACAAGAACCUGGAGACUUUGUGAAGCAGGAUAUUGGCGGACUCUCUCCAAAGCAUGCUCCAGAUAUUCCUGAUGACAGCACCGACAACAUCACUAUCUUCACCAGAAUCUUGGAUCGUCUUCUGGAUGGCUAUGACAACCGGCUGCGACCUGGGCUUGGAGAUGCAGUGACUGAAGUGAAGACUGACAUCUAUGUGACCAGUUUUGGCCCUGUGUCAGACACUGACAUGGAGUACACCAUUGAUGUAUUUUUUCGACAGACAUGGCAUGAUGAAAGACUGAAAUUUGAUGGACCCAUGAAGAUCCUUCCACUGAAUAAUCUCCUGGCUAGUAAGAUCUGGACCCCUGACACCUUCUUCCACAAUGGCAAGAAAUCAGUGGCCCAUAACAUGACCACACCUAACAAGCUGCUCAGACUGGUGGACAAUGGAACCCUCCUCUACACGAUGAGGUUAACAAUUCAUGCCGAGUGCCCCAUGCAUUUGGAAGAUUUUCCUAUGGAUGUGCAUGCCUGCCCACUGAAGUUUGGAAGCUAUGCCUAUACAACAGCUGAAGUCGUUUAUUCUUGGACUCUUGGGAAGAACAAAUCUGUGGAAGUGGCACAAGAUGGCUCUCGACUGAAUCAAUAUGACCUGCUGGGCCAUGUUGUUGGAACAGAAAUAAUCCGGUCUAGUACAGGGGAAUAUGUCGUCAUGACAACCCACUUCCACCUCAAGCGAAAAAUUGGCUACUUUGUGAUCCAGACCUACUUGCCAUGUAUCAUGACUGUCAUCCUGUCACAAGUGUCUUUCUGGCUCAACAGAGAGUCUGUCCCUGCCCGCACGGUCUUUGGUGUCACCACUGUUCUCACCAUGACCACCUUGAGUAUCAGUGCCAGAAACUCCUUACCUAAAGUGGCAUAUGCGACGGCCAUGGAUUGGUUCAUAGCCGUGUGUUAUGCCUUUGUAUUUUCUGCGCUGAUUGAGUUUGCGACCGUGAACUACUUCACAAAGCGGAGUUGGGCUUGGGAAGGCAAGAAGGUACCAGAGGCCCUGGAGAUGAAGAAGAAAACACCAGCAGUCCCGACCAAGAAAACCAGCACCACCUUCAACAUCGUGGGAACCACCUAUCCCAUCAACCUGGCCAAGGACACUGAGUUCUCUGCCAUCUCCAAGGGCGCUGCUCCGAGCACCUCCUCCACCCCGACAAUCAUUGCUUCGCCCAAGACCACCUAUGUGCAGGAUAUCCCGACUGAGACCAAGACCUACAACAGUGUCAGCAAGGUUGACAAGAUUUCCCGCAUCAUCUUCCCUGUGCUCUUUGCCAUUUUCAAUCUGGUCUAUUGGGCUACAUAUGUCAACCGGGAGUCAGCUAUCAAGGGCAUGAUCCGCAAACAGUAG